AACCCUUUCCUCUCAUCGCCACCGCCUUCUGCCAGAUCGCUUUCUUCACUAACGCUACCAGCUAUGUCCGGCAUUGCUGACGCCGACCUGGCCCUCCUCGCCGGCGUCUGCGGCUACCUCCUCGACGAUCCCGCCCCCUUCCCCUUUCCGCUGGCCGCCGAUCGCUCCGGAUCCGUGUCACUCCCUUUCCUCCCCGACGAUCCCGACGACAUGCUCGUUUUCGGCGCCCUCGCGGACGCCUUCCGCCACGGAUGGACUCCCUCGCCCUCAUCCGCAUCCGGCCCCGAUCCCGCCGCUCCGCCGCCUAAAUCGUCCGCCGCCAGGGGACAGCACUACCGAGGGGUGCGGCAGCGGCCGUGGGGGAAGUUCGCGGCCGAGAUCCGCGACCCGGCGCGCAAUGGGGCGCGCGUGUGGUUGGGGACGUUCGAGACGGCGGAGGACGCCGCCCGCGCCUACGACCGCGCCGCCUACCGGAUCCGCGGAGCCCGCGCCCUGCUCAACUUCCCGCACCUCAUCGGCGAUUCCCCUGAUUCACCUUCCUGGUCCUCUUCCUCUUCCUCCGCAGAGAAGCCCUCGCCCAAGCGGAGAAAGAGGGCGGCGUCAGCGGCUCCGGCAGCUACCCUAUUUCCGGCCGAUCAACCGGCAAUCUUCCCAGAGCCUGAGGAAUCGGGCAAUCUCGCCAUCUCUCGGCGAGCUGAGACUUAACGCUAAUCAUCAAGGUCGACAUCUCAAAUCGUUGAUUUGGUGCUUCGGAAUCGGGAAAUUCGACGAAAAUUGAGCCGAAUGCCUCGACGAUUUGUGCGUGUUUGCAAUUUGUUCGUUCAAUUGUUCUCCCCCCUACAAAACAGAGAAGCUCAAUCUGAAUAUAACUUUGUUCUUUUAUUUAAUAAUUUUUUCUGUCCAACUUUUAUUUCGCCGCUGGUCUGCUGUAUGUGAAAGGAGACCUUACUCUUUUUGGAUAUAUAAAAUAUUAACCAUAAUUUUAUUCCUGA